AUGGAUCGACUGGACCUUUGCCACGCCUUGUUGACGAAGACAAUCGGAAACAAACUGUUCUUGGCUCCGAUAGAUGAGAAAAGAUUGAAUCGAAUCCUUGAUGUCGGCACAGGAACGGGCAUCUGGGCCAUUGAGAUGGGUGAUAAGUACCCCAAUGCGGAGAUUCUCGGAAACGAUCUCAGCGCCAUCCAGCCAGCUUGGAUACCGCCAAAUGUCAAAUUCGAGAUUGAUGACGUUGAAAGCGAGUGGAUUGGAGAGAAGUACGACUUCAUUUUCAGUCGUUAUAUGUGCGGGUCCAUCGCGGACUGGCCAAAGUAUGUGAAGCGCGUCUAUGAUAACUUAAACCCGGGCGGGUGGGCCGAGUUCCAAGACUGGAGUUUCAUGAUCUACUCCGACGACGGUACGAUCGAAGGUACCGAGCUUCUGCGGUGGGUCGACCUUUUCAUGGACGCCUGCAAAGUCUUUGGCCGAGACGGGCAAAUCGGACUCAAGCUGGAAGGUAUCGUGCGUGAGAACACCAGUUUCGUCAACAUUCACCACCAGCCGUACAAGAUUCCAGCGGGACCAUGGGCAAAGGAUCCUCAUCUCAAGGAUAUUGGAAUGCUGGAGUUGAUUCAGCUGUUGGACGGUCUUGAAGGCUUCUCCCUUCGCCUUCUUUGCGGAGCUCUUGGGUGGACGAAGGAGGAGGUCCUUGUCUUGCUGGCCGGCGUACGGAAGGACUUGAAGAACCCCAAUAUUCAUGCGUGGCUGUACUAUAACGUGGUCUACGGCCAGAAGCCAGAAAAUGAGGAUGAGUGA